AUGAUCCAGUCACUCACCUGCUGGCUGGUAUGCGUUCCCCUGCUCCUCGGCACACUGGUCCUCGCCGGAACCAUAGCCUACCAAUCCCGAUCGCUCUCCUCCUUCCUCCCCCUGCACCCCAACGCCGCCGCGCCCUGCGGCGGCGCCCGAUCGCCGCCCCUCCGCGUCUACAUGUACGAUCUGCCCCCGCGCUUCAACGUCCGGAUGCUGGAUCCGUCCUUUCCCGACGGGACGCCGGUGGCGCCGGAAAAUUUCCCGGCGUGGAGGUGGAAUGACCGGCUUCUCCGGCAGCACAGCAUGGAGUACUGGUUGAUGGCCUCCCUUGUGUACGAUGGUGAAGAUCACAUGCCCGGGUCGACCCGUGUGGCAGUUCGGGUCUCGGAUCCGGACUCUGCUGACGUGUUCUUCGUGCCGUUUUUCUCGUCGUUAAGUUUCAAUUUCUACGCUUGGAAUAAGAAGGAACCUAAUGGAGUUGAUGAGCAGCUGCAGCUUGAUCUGCUCAACAUUCUAAGAGCAUCAACCUAUUGGAAAAGAUCGGGUGGGCGGGACCACGUGAUCCCCCUUCACCAUCCCAACGCCUUCAAACACUAUCGUGAUCGAGUUAAUUCAUCCAUAUUCAUCGUUGCGGAUUUCGGGCGCAUACUUAAAAUUUCUAGGCUGGCAAAAGACGUUGUUGCCCCUUACCCUCACAUGGUAGAUUCAUACAUGAAUGAUGAGCCUGAGGACGCGUUUGAGUCGCGCGAGACUCUUUUGUUCUUCCGUGGCGGGACUAAGAGGAAAGACGAGGGAAAAAUUCGUGUCCAACUUCAUAAGAUUUUAAACGGGACGAACGAUGUCAUAUAUGAAGAGGGACAUGCAUCUAAGGAAAGCUUCAAAGCUUCGGCCGAACGAAUGCAAUCAUCCAAGUUUUGCCUCCACCCGGCCGGGGACACGCCAUCAUCUUGCCGACUAUUCGACGCGAUCGUGAGCCACUGUGUCCCGGUUAUCGUGAGCGACAAAAUCGAGCUACCGUUUGAAAACGAGAUGGAUUACUCGGAGUUCUCGAUUUUCUUCUCUGCUAACGAGGCACUUAAACCAGGUUAUAUGGUCAGUGAACUAAGGAAGAUUUCGAAGGAGAAAUGGAUGAAAAUGUGGCUGAAGCUCAAAAGCAUUUCUCAUCACUUUGAGUUCAAUUACCCUCCAACCGAAGGGGAUGCUGUUAAUAUGAUUUGGAGACAGGUUAAGCAGAAGGUACCUUCGGUUAAGCUUGCUGUACAUCGGAGUACAAGGCUGAAAAUUCCAGAUUGGUGGAGGAGAUGA